GCAAAGUCGUGCAUCUGUCAUAUGUGUGGUGCCCAUCUGAACAGACUCCAUUCUUGUCUGUACUGUGUCUUCUUUGGCUGUUUUACAAAGAAACACAUUCACGAACACGCAAAGGCAAAGCGACACAACUUAGCCAUAGACCUUUUGUAUGGGGGUAUAUACUGCUUUAUGUGUCAAGAUUACAUUUACGACAAAGAUAUGGAGCAAAUUGCCAAAGAAGAACAACGGAAAGCUUGGAAGCUACAAGCCUUCACCCCAACAAUGGUUUCUCACUACCAGUGUACAAUGACAGGUAUUGGAGAGAAGUAUUCAACAUGGGAGCCAACCAAACGUGAACUAGAGCUGCUUCGACACAACCCCAAGCGGAGAAAAAUAACUACAAACUGUACUAUAGGUCUAAGAGGGCUAAUCAAUCUUGGGAACACAUGUUUUAUGAACUGUAUUGUCCAAGCACUUACCCACACUCCACUGCUGCGAGACUUUUUCCUCUCUGACAGACAUAAAUGUGAAAUGCAAAGCCCCAGCUCAUGUCUGGUCUGUGAAAUGUCUACGCUUUUUCAGGAGUUCUACUCUGGGCACCGGUCUCCUCACAUUCCAUAUAGGUUAUUGCACCUGGUAUGGACGCAUGCACGGCAUUUAGCAGGGUACGAACAACAAGAUGCGCACGAAUUCCUCAUUGCUGCAUUAGAUGUGCUGCAUCGACACUGCAAAGGGGAUGAUAACGGGAAGAAAGCCAACAACCCCAACCACUGUAACUGCAUCAUAGACCAAAUCUUCACAGGUGGACUACAAUCUGACGUCACUUGCCAAGUCUGCCAUGGCGUUUCCACGACGAUAGACCCAUUCUGGGACAUCAGUUUGGACUUGCCAGGUUCCUCUACCCCAUUUUGGCCUCUGAGCCCCGGCAGUGACGGCAGCGUGGUCAAUGGGGAGAGCCAUGUGUCAGGAACUACCACCCUCACAGACUGCUUGCGAAGGUUUACAAGGCCAGAACACCUAGGAAGCAGUGCCAAAAUCAAAUGUAGCGGUUGCCAUAGCUACCAGGAAUCUACCAAACAACUUACUAUGAAGAAAUUACCUAUUGUGGCCUGUUUUCAUCUCAAACGGUUUGAACACUCAGCCAAACUGAGGCGAAAGAUCACUACAUAUGUCUCCUUUCCACUGGAGCUGGACAUGACACCCUUCAUGGCCUCUAGUAAAGAGAGCAGAAUGAAUGGGCAGUAUCAGCAGCCAGCAGAUAGUCUAAACAAUGAUAAUAAGUAUUCCUUGUUUGCAGUAGUUAAUCACCAAGGAACCCUGGAGAGCGGACACUAUACCAGCUUCAUUCGGCAACACAAGGACCAGUGGUUCAAAUGUGACGAUGCCAUCAUCACCAAGGCUAGCAUUAAGGAUGUCCUAGACAGCGAAGGAUAUUUGCUGUUCUAUCACAAACAGUUCCUGGAAUAUGAGUAGCCUUAUUCAGCAGCUCGAGAGAGAGAGAGAAAGAGAGAGAAAAAUGUAAGGAAGCAAAAUGAAUGGCAGCCUUCUGAAAAGACACACAAACCUACCUGAAAAUGAAAAGACACCCAUUCGACAUUAGGUCUGAGCUGCGACAGGACCUACUUGCGCCUGGCUCAUGGCCUAGAGGAGUUUUUUUUUAAAAAAAAGGAACACUGUUCACCGUGCGUAUGCAGUCCUGCAGGGACAGAAGAGGGGGAAAUGUAAGAGAAGAUACACGCAGUCAAUGACUUUUGAGAGAAGACAUAUAAUAAUACAAAGAUUGCUCUGGGUGGGGUUAAAAAAAUGGGAGCAGAAGAGUCCAGGCACUGGCACAUCUCCCUUCCGCUCUCCUAAAACGUGUGUGGGAAGGCCGGGGAGGGGGGGUGUAUUCUCAUCUCCAUCAAGCAUCUUCUCCAUUGGUGCUUCAGCUCCCACUUGACCAAUCAUAACAACCGUUAUAAUUAAAACAAACAAACAAAAAAAGUCCAAACCCUUUUUUUUUCUUUUUUCUUUUUUCUUUUCUUUUUUUUUUUUACACAUAUGGGUCUGAAAGCAGUAAAAUGGAGAACGGGACAACGCAACGAAAUGGACUUUGCAAGUACCUUUUUAUUUGUGAAUUUUAGUUAUUAAAUAAAUACGGUAUGAAAUGAU